AUGAGAAGUGGGGAACUUCUUCUUGCGAAAUUUCAAGACAAAAAAGCGUCUGGCGAAAAAGAAAUCUUCGUUAUCGAUUCAAAAGGAGUUGCUGGAAAGUCAGCAAUAGAACGAUAUGAAAAAGAAGAUUUUUUGAAGAGUUAUGUAAAAGAUACACUGGAAGCAACAGGUGUUGUGCGAAAAUCAGAGAUAACCGUUACACCAAAACAAAAACGAUCUAGUUCGACAAACUCCGCUGAUCGUAGUCCCAAAGUAAUGCUCACGACAACUAUUCAACAUUUUCAAAUAAAACCGACAUCAGUUCUGAAUCAAAUCGUCAUAUACAGAGACGAUGCGUAG